UGUUGUCGCCAGGGCCACGCCUUCCCUCCCACAGCGCGCGCUGCGCGUGCGAAGGUCUGGCGGCUCUUGGGACUUGCGGGGCUGCGCGCGGGGUUAGGGUGGGGGUACGGGAAGGCUCAACCCAGGACCUGCGUACCUUGCUUUGGGGGCGUACUGAGCACCUGCCGGGAGCAGGGGGCGCACCGGGAACUGGCAGAUUUCGCCAGUUGGGCGCAGUGGGGACCUGUGGACUGCGCCCGGGGGAUGGGCUAGGGGGACAUGCGCACGCUUUGGGCCUUACAGAAUGUGAUCGCGCGAGGGGGAGGGCGAAGCGUGGCGGGAGGGCGAGGCGAAGGAAGGAGGGCGUGAGAAAGGCGACGGCGGCGGCGCGGAGGAGGGUUAUCUAUACAUUUAAAAACGAGCCGCCUGCGCCGCGCCUGCGGAGACCUGGGAGAGUCCGGCCGCACGCGCGGGACACGAGCGUCCCACGCUCCCUGGCGCGUACGGCCUGCCACCACUAGGCCUCCUAUCCCCGGGCUCCAGACGACCUAGGACGCGUGCCCUGGGGAGUUGCCUGGCGGCGCCGUGCCAGAAGCCCCCUUGGGGCGCCACAGUUUUCGCCAUCGCCUCCGGUUCCCCUGCCUGCACCUUCCUGCAGCGCGCCGGGACCUGGAGCGGGCGGGUGGAUGCAGGCGCGAUGGACGGCGGCGCACUGCCCAGGUCCGCGCCCCCUGCGCCCCGCGUCCCUGUCGGCUGCGCUGCCCGGCGGAGACCCGCGUCCCCGGAACUGUUGCGCUGCAGCCGGCGGCGGCGACCGGCCACCGCAGAGACCGGAGGCGGCGCAGCGGCCGUAGCGCGGCGCAAUGAGCGCGAGCGCAACCGCGUGAAGUUGGUGAACUUGGGCUUCCAGGCGCUGCGGCAGCACGUGCCGCACGGCGGCGCCAGCAAGAAGCUGAGCAAGGUGGAGACGCUGCGCUCGGCCGUGGAGUACAUCCGCGCGCUGCAGCGCCUGCUGGCCGAGCACGACGCCGUGCGCAACGCGCUGGCGGGAGGGCUGAGGCCGCAGGCUGUGCGGCCGUCUGCGCCCCGCGGGCCGCCGGGGACCACCCCGGUUGCCGCCUCGCCCUCCCGCGCUUCUUCGUCCCCGGGCCGCGGGGGCAGCUCGGAGCCCGGCUCCCCGCGUUCCGCCUACUCGUCGGACGACAGCGGCUGCGAAGGCGCGCUGAGUCCUGCGGAGCGCGAGCUACUCGACUUCUCCAGCUGGUUAGGGGGCUACUGAGCGCCCUCGACCUAUGAGCCUCAGCCCCGGAAGCCGAGCGAGCGGCCGGCGCGCUCAUCGCCGGGGAGCCCGCCAGGUGGACCGGCCCGCGCUCCGCCCCCAGCGAGCCGGGGACCCACCCACCACCCCACGCACCGCCGACGCCGCCUCGUUCGUCUGGCCCAGCCUGACCAAUGCCCCGGUGGAAACGGGCUUGGAGCUGGCCCCAUAAGGGCUGGCGGCUUCCUCCGACGCCGCCCCUCCCCACAGCUUCUCGACUGCUGUGGGGCGGGGGGCACCAACACUUGGAGAUUUUUCCGGAGGGGAGAUGAUUUUCUAAGGGCACAGAGAAUCCAUUUUCUACACAUUAACUUGAGCUGCUGGAGGGACACUGCUGGCAAACGGAGAUCUAUUUUUGUACAAAGAACCCUUGACCUGGGGCAUAAUAAAGAUGACCUGGACCCCUGCCCCCACUAUCUGGAGUUUUCCAUGCUGGCCAAGAUCUGGACACGAGCAGCCCCUGAGGGGCGAGGUCCCUGGCGUGAGGCCCCCGUGACAGCCCACCCUGGGGUGGGUUUGUGGGCACUGCUGCUCUGCUAGGGAGAAGCCUGUGUGGGGCACACCUCUUCAAGGGAGCGUGAACUUUAUAAAUAAAUCAGUUCUGUUUACCAAUGGCUCCUAUCACCUAAACUUCCCAGGUGACGGCCAGACUUCCGUGGUCACUACUCCCCAAACCCUGCUGCCUCCUCCGUAGGGUGGGUCUGGGUGAGAUCUGGAGUGCAGCCAGGCCGUUGAUAGCGGAGCCAUCGGGACACCUUGUGAGGCUGGGGGCGUUCUCCAGGAGGUGGUGGGCUGGUGGGUUGUCCAGACAGGGCUACUUGGUGGGUUGUCCAGACAGGGCUACUUGCUGGCUUGGAAGCUGCAGGCUGGAGGCUGCUGACCCAUCCCGAGGGCUGGGGUAAGUGCUGGGUGUGAGGCUAGGCUGAGGUGGUCUGACCGGAGAGCACCGGCUGUGGGGCUGAGGGCAUGGGCUCCUGCGCAGGCCACCACGCUCAGAUCUCCACUAACGUGGCAGCUGGGCAGCCCAGGGCAAGUGGCUUAACUUGCAAAUGGGUUUGACCAGACCCACCUCAGCGGCCUCUGGGAGGAGUUAGUGAGAGGUGCCUGGAGGCUGCCCUCUCUCUCGCUUUGGGUUUUGCCCGCACUAGGGAGGCCCUGCAGGCCUGCGCUCACCUGAAUCCUAAGAGCGGCUCUUGAAAGGAACAAGGAAGGCUUGGAAGCUUUGCGCCAGGCUCCCCCCAGCCGGAGAGCUGGCACUGGGAUAUUACACGGCUAUACCUUUGACUCAGGGCCUAGGAGGCUUUGAUGUCUCACUGUACCGAAAGCAGCCUUUUAGUGUCCUGGUGGGGGAGGGGUUGUGGGGCUCCCCCGGUUUCUUUAGGAUGCAGAGGCACCCCUUCCUUCAGAAAGGAGUGGUUGGGACAGAGCCAUGGGAGCCCUGCGAGGUGGGAGCAGCUGGUGUUGUCCCAGAGUGGGUGGCUCCUGAAUAACCAUGGCAACAGGACACACAGGCUGCCGGGGUGCAUGGGUCUCAAACGUCAGGCUGGCCAGGUCCGCUGUCAUCAGAGGAGCUCAGGGCUCCUCUCUCGCCAGCUGCAGCCUCAGUCCAGGUGGGGGCUUCUCAGCAGCCAAGGUCAAAGCCGAGUCUGUAGCGGGGGUCAAAGGGGUCAGCUGGUCUGAUGAGGACCAGGCUCAGCUGGGGUCAGUGGACCAGCUGUGGCUUGGGGCUGCAGGGCUCAGGGAACUGGCCUUGGCCAAGGGACAGGAGGGGGCACAUUGCCAUGGUCACCCAGGGAGGGACAUCCCACAGGCUUCUCCCAGAAUCCACACCCGGGUCGGUGGCCUCCCUGAGCCCUCCCCAGGGCUCCACACCUUGACCUCAAGGAAAGGCCCACAGCUGCCAGGACCACAGGGGGCUGUCGGAUGGGUGAAGAGGGUAGGGGGAAACGGUGGAAGGCCGGGGCGGAGGAAAGGACUGCCACCCACUGGCGUGAAGUGGACAAAGCUCUGCAGAGGGUAAGUGGUGCUGCCAUUUUUGUUUUCCCAUUUUCCCACUUUUUAUUUUAUUAUGGAAAAUUUCAAACAUACACAAAAGCACCGAGGCCUUUGUUGAGCAGUCUCUGUGCCAGGACUUAGGGUGCAUCCGUGUGCCACACAAGCCCGUGCUCGUGGAGCCUGGGUCCUAGCAGCGGACACAGGAUCCAACCAUUGUACAGUCUGGCUGGUGGAGGACGCACUGGGCCCCAGGGCAGCCCUGGGAAGCCUCCAGCACCAGUUUCAAGGCCCUUCCUGCCCCAUCCAUCCCCCACCCCAUCCCUGCGUUGCUUUGAAGCAAAUCCCAGACUUCGAAUCCUGUCACCCAUAACGUUUCAUGUGAGCCUCUAGAGGAAACCCCAAAAACAUCACCCGCUGAAAUGAACCACCGUUCUUUCAUAUCAUCGGGGACCCAGCCAAUGGCGCAGUCCUCAGGGGGUCUCGUGGUUUGGCCUUAUAGAAUCGGGAUCCGCCGCAGGUCCACACAUCAAGUUUGCUUCAUAGGUCUCUUAAGCGUCUUGUAAGCAAUUUCCCUCCAGUGUCUUCAUUGAAGAAGCGGAGGUGUUUGUUCCGUUGAGCCCCCGUGUGCAUGGUGUUGUUGAUGGCACCGUGCUGGGUGUUGUUAUUGGGAGCCUGUCCCUGUAUUUCCUGUAGGACAGGGUAUGGGGUGCCAGAAGCGGACCUUUGAUCAAGUUUGGGGUGGCCUGCAAAUGGGGUUGACACCAGGCCCACCUAAUGAGUGUGACAGAUACCAAGAAAGAUCCGUUCCAGGGAGACAAGGGACUCCCUUUCUGAGUUUGCCUCGAGAACUACCCAGCAAGCUUGUGGAAACUUCCAUAGACCUCACAGCGAUCUAGGCCCAGGCUAUCCCCUCGCCUUCACUGGGGCAGAUCGCGUCAUGGUCUAGUGGCUUCCCACCCGUUGCCAGCUCCUUCCUGUGUAUUUCCUUUCACAAGGGCGUUUCCCCGAAUGCAGUCCUUAUCCAGUUCAUCCCACUUGGCACCUGCUGCUCAGAGGAUGUAGUGCUGCUGGACUGCAUCUCCCAGGAGACAGGACUUGUAGCGACCAUGUAACUUGCUGUCCCAGCGGGGACAUUUUUGAGAGUGGAAAGGGCUGUGGUUGAUAACCAGGACCACAGGCGAGUCUCCUGGGCACAGUGGGCUGCUGAUUGCCGCGUUAUGAAGACCCCUCCCCACACUGUCAUUCACCCAGUGCCCAGUAAAGAUGCAGUGCCUGAAGUCACAGGCAAGCUGGUCCAACCCACCUUCUCUUGCUGUCGUUUUGUUUUAGGCUGUCAGCAGCCUAAAGUCAUGGUUUUAGUUUCUGUCUCUAGUGAUAAGCAGAAAAGAGGGAUGAGGAAGGGACCUUGCUGGCUCAACCAGAAACAGAAACUAAGAAUCCAUGAUUGUCUUCUCUUCCUUGGACUCAGCUUGAAAAUGAUGAGAAUUGAGAUUUAAACCCUGGACUCUUUCACUUCCACAUCCUUGCAAUGUUCACACCUUCCAGGAAGUGAGGCUGAGCCUGGCGGCUCCUCUGGGGACAUGACAUCCUUAGCAGUUCAGCAUUUGAGAUCAGUGAGCCUGGACAGAGCCUCACCUGGCCCAGGUGCCAGCCUGUCCUGGGCUCUGCUGCGGGGGCAGCAGGGCUCUGCUAGGAGCUCAUGGUCCAGGCCUAGUCCUCACCUGGAAGUUAGAAACUGAUUCCAGGGAGAAGGUGAUCGUGAUGUCAUGUUCAAGGUGCUAAAAUAUAAAGCUUUUUUCUUUCUUCUAUAGUCAACCUCUUGACUUACUAUUUUAUACUUCUUAUUUUAUACUCACUAUUUAAUGCCAUUCUGAGUAAGAAAGAUUAGGAAUUUAAGUGGCUAGCAUGAAUUUAGUUAUCCAUCUUUAUAUUUUGUGAUGCCAGUUUAAAAUGCAAGCAUAAGAGCAUUUAACUUCUAUGCGGAAUCACUGGAAUGACACAGGUGUGUUUUGUCCUGGCACAGGCGUCUGUGUUUCAUUUGCUACUAGAACAGUGGAAACUGCACAAAAAUGAAAUCAGCUGAUUUCACUCCUUGACGCAGGCUUGUUCUACCAGCACCCUCCACCUCCUGCUCGCUGAUGGGCGAGGAAGGAGGGAAGGGACAAGUUCAAAGACAAAAGGCACUGUGGGUAGAUCCAUCAGCAAGAGACCUCGGCUGACACAGAGAAGUCGCACAAGUAAGAAAGGACAUGACAGGUUCCCGGGUGCUGCACGUUCGUUAGAACAUCUCUGGCUUCCUGCUGCGUCCUUGGCAAGUGCGGAUUUGAAUGGAAAACGUGGCUGCCCGGUGGCCAUCAGCGCCCUAGCAAGUGCGGAUUUGAAUGGAAAACGUGGCUGCCCGGUGGCCAUCAGCGCCCGGCUUGCUCAUGCGUAGGUGUGACACGCUGCCUUGCACUGCUGGGGGUCCCUGGCACCAUUUCUGUGUGGCCUGGUGUCUGUGGGCAUCGUGGAUGCGCUACUCAAGUGGGGGGGAUGAGUGAGGGUGGAUGUACAUUUGGCGCCUUGUGCACGCUCUCCUUUGCUUAUGUGAGUGCUGCUGUAUGCCAUUGGCCUGCACCUGCAGAACAAGUUAGAAGAUAAAAGUAGUCAGAUUCCAAAGGCCAGGCAAGGUGGCUCACACGUGUCAUCCCAGUGCUUUGGGAGGCCGAGGCCGGAGGAUUGCUUGAGCCAGGAGUUCAAGACCAGCCUGGGCAACACUGGGAGACCCCAUCUCU